AAACGCAUUUACUGGUCAGAUAAUGGAUUACGUCAGUUGAAAUCUGGUGACCUUGAAGGCAAAACGAACAGAGUAGUCCGUUACCUUGGAAACGAUUCCGUGGUAGAUGGGAUCUCCAUAGACUCGGUGUCUAGGUUGCUCUUCUUCACAGAUUCGGGAUAUAGCUCUAUUUCUGUAGUAACUCUAGACGGAAAUAAUUAUCAGAAAAAGAUCAUAAAGGAAGCAGUGGAUAAGCCAAGAUCAAUUGUUUCCGAUUACGAAACUGGGGUUAUAUAUUGGACGGAUUGGGGUGAGAGUCCAAGGAUUGGAGGGCAAGUCAUGAUGGAUCAGAAAGGCAAGAUCUUAUUACGAAGGGCUUAUAUUGGCCAAACGGUCUGGCAAUAGAUUUUGAAGAAGGCAUAAUGUACUGGUGCGAUGGAAAAAGUGGUCUCAUAGAAAAGGCAAACAUAGAUGGCACGAACCGGCGAGUACUUAGCGAUCAAUUCGGAGAUGCUCAUUUCUUUGGAUUGGCAUUUGACAGAAAAAGAUUGUAUUAUACAGACUGGUCAAGAAGUUACGUGAUGGAGUUAUCGAUUCGAAGUGGUAUGCAUUACCAACUUGGCACGGAGACGUUUUCAAGAUUGAAUGGAAUAUACUUUCACAAAGGAGGACCUUAUGUGCAGGAAUCCACUGGAUGUACCUAUAAACGAGGAGGGUGCUCCCACAUAUGCUUACCUCGGCCAAAGGGAAACGUUAAAUGCCUGUGUCCUGACGGAAUGUCUUUACAAAAUGAUGACAAAGAGUGUGAAGUGGACCCACAGGACACUUCCGAACCAUUGCGAUUAUUGGUUAUAGGGAAAGUUGGUGUCGGAAAAAGUACCGUUGGUAAUGUGCUAAUCGGAAGAAAAGUAUUUGCAGUUCCUUUAGUAUUUUCCAAUGAACCUGGAACACUAAAGUCAACAGCUGUAGAAGCUACCAAUUUUCUGGGGCAACAUGUUCGCAUAAUUGAUACUCCAGGUGUGUAUGGUUCAAACCAAGAAGAAAAGACUAUCAAAAAUGAAAUAGCCAAGGGGUUGCGUCUAGCUAAACCAGGUCCUCAUGCACUUCUCUUUGUCACUAGGAUAGGAAAAUUCACAACAGAGGACGAGAAAGCUAUUGAAUUUUAUGAAAGGAAUUUUGGAAGUCAAGUUACUAAAUACAUUGUUGUCGUAUUUACUGGAAAGGAAAAAUUGGUAGGUGAAGGCAUAAAUAUUCAUGACUACGUCAAAUCACUAAACCCAAAAUCGAAACUGAAAAAUUGGAUUGAAAAAACGGAACACAGAUAUGUUGCAUUCAGUGAUACUGGUUAUAUAUUAGACCAGAAGAAAAACGUUGAGAGUCUGUUAGACAUGAUUGGAAGAAUGAUGUUAAAAAACCUAGCAAGUCCUUACUUUGGUGACACUGAAGAUGCAUUUAUAAAACAUGAAAAGGACAAAUACAAGCCAUAAAGCAGAUCCUCGUACCAUUGUUUGGCUACGUUAAAAUGUUGAU